AUGGCUCUACUACCCUAUCAGUCCCCGCCUCUCCUACCGCUCGACUCUACUCACCGAGGGUCCCUGGUCGUCAUUGCUGGCGCGAUCGCAGGUGCCGUCACCUUGACCGGCCUACUCAUCAGGCUGUACAUUCAUCUCGCCAUCAACCCACAUUAUGGGCGAGAUGACUACUUUCUUCUGGGUUCAGCAUUUGUCGCUUUGUGUCAGUCUAUAUUAAUAUUCGUCUCCGUAUCCAAGGGGUUCGGCACUUCUGCCGACCUAAUAGAUCACGACGAUCUAGUGACCUUGCGGCGGGCUUUCUUCUCCAGCGAGAUUCUAUAUCUCGUUACUCUUUACCUUGCGAAAUGUUGUGUUAUUUGCAUAUUUCUCAAAUUAACACCCAAGAAAACACAUAACCGUGCUACCUUGGGAACACUUGUUUACUGUACACUAUGGGCUAUCGGUUCAAUCAUGGCAGUCGGUAUUAGGAGUGGUAUCCUAGAUACGCACACUGUGAGGGCCGUUAGCGUCUCCUAUUGCAAACUCAAGCUUGUCAAAUGGAAAUUCAUUGUCUCCUUUGACGUUUUAUCCGAAGUGAUAAUAUUUCUUCUCGCGGUCCACCUCAUCAGAGAGCUUCAAAUGCGACUUCAAACAAAACUUGUGGUUCUCAGCGCCUUUGCUGCCCGAUUACCGAUAAUAGCUCUAGCUAUUAUACGGCUUCAUUAUCUUGACAUAUGCGGUGAACAAACGAAUCUCACCCUGGAUCUAAUCGACUCAUCAGUCUGGACCCAAAUCAGUCUGAACUACAAUGUGAUCGCCUGCACCAUCUUCGCACUCAAGCCAUUUACAGCAGCCGUAAGCACAAACUACGGCACAGCAGGCGACCAAUCGCUACAAAACUCCAAAAAUAACAGCAACGGAAGUACUGUUGACAAUAGCUACUCUCGCGAUCUUGAAAGUGGUACAUACACCUCGAGAUCGAAAGAGCAUAAUUUCUCCAGGCCUUACACAGGUACCAGCUCACAACACGGUCAAAAGAAGCAAAAACCACGAAAGAUUCAACUUUCUACAUCUUUAUCCCGAUCAAUAGCGGGCAAGGAGGCUAAACUCAGCCAGCACUCUUUUCCUCGAUUUUCACUCUUCUCUCCAACAUCACCUACCGCACAACAUCAACGUCUGAAAUCAUCGGACGAACAUCAUGAAAUGACAUCCAUAAACGCGAAUGCACCACCAGUGCCAUCGCUCCCACAUAAUCAAAUAUCCAAAAAUACCCAUACACGCACCUCAAGUCGUGGAGUCCGAGUGCCGUUCCUACAUAGGGGCGAGAAAGGGGGUUCUGGGUCGAUGGAUUCCCACGGCUCUGUCCCUGGAGCCGGGACGAUACAUGGGCCUGGCCCCAUGGCGUCAGACACAAUCAUUGACCCUCCGGCUGCGGCGGCAACAACAAUAACUACCGCUAUCACUGCGGGGGGAGGAGAUAGGACAGAAGCGAAUCCCGAAGGGGAUUGGAACGAUGAUAAAACAAAGUUAAUUAUCAAGAAAAAUAUAGAAUAUACUGUUCAGUACGGAGACUGA